CAGAAAUGGCAUGUGUGAAGUGUAAAUUCCACCCGAAGUAAACUGGUAAAAUUAAGUUCGUUUUAGCUGAUUUUCUCGAUAAACCCAAAACAGUAUGGAUAGAUAUAUUAUGGAAAAUAUAUUCAUUUUGCUUAUCAUCAUCUCCUCCGUGGCGGUAAACUCGAGUAUACCAGAAGAAGAGGCACACGAAAUCUUGCGUUUUCAGAAAUUAAUAUGCCCUCCAGUUGGAGAAACAAACGAAUUUGAGUUAACGACUUUACAAACUACGACGAAAAUGUUCGGAUGCGCCUUCCUGGGACUCCACAAGCCAAGUAGCCCUGUACCAAUGUUUCAUUUGUGGGUAGAAGAUCCACAAAUCGUGAUAGACAACAGUAUAGACAUGGGUGGAGGUUGUCGCCGCACGCAUCAAAUGGACCACUUCAUGUUCAAGUGUUUGUCAAGAUUUGUACCAACUGAUAAAAUCGAAUAUCAAAACAACUGGUUGUAUACAUCACUACAGGAAUAUAGUGCAGCUGAUCAAUGUAAAAAUGUAACCACAAAGAAAACCUACAGAUGUGCCAUGUACCAUGUGGUUAACGAUAUCGAAAUGGAUAUUAGAUCAAUCCGGAUGGUAAUUAGUAAGCCUGUAACAGAAGAGAAAUUUGAUAUAAGCCAGUGCGAAGGAUUAUCGGCUCUUUUGGGACGGGAAGAUCUGCCAAUGCUCCCCAAGGGCAUGCGAUAUUGGCCGGACGGAUCCAUGCUCCUAUUUUUAUUAGGAAGAGCGCCAAACUCCCGCAACUUCACCCAAUUCGAUUACUAAUUUUCUUCUAGAGGAGCCAGGCCAGGAUAACGGCACCAUGAAAGAGCUUCUACAAAAAUAGAAAUUAAAUGUACACUCUCAGGUCACCCGGAGCUUCAUAUAUUAUUUAUGUGUAUGUAUAUAUGUAUAUAUAUUUAUUAUUUAUGUACAUAUAUACUUUGCUAUGGAAAGUAGCCUCUGGCUUUCUGAGAGUUCUGUAAAUAUUUGAAAAAUAAUAAAAGUUACUCGUUUUCAAACUGUUAAGACCAGUCGUGGUCGUCCAACUGAAGCUACACGAACAAAAUCUCAUUAUAGUGUAGAUGAUUUUUUUCGUAAAUUAAUAAUGACUAUAAUAAUAAUAGCUAAGAUAAGAUAGUUACAAGAUAGAAUAUGAUUUUUUUUUAAUUUCAAAAACAUAAUAGUUAAAUAAUUGUUUUAUACUA